CGAACCUGGUGGGACAUUCAGGCCCUCAUGAUAUUCGUCUACCCUUUCGUAAUUAUUUGUUGAUCCAGUGACUGUUUACACGUCAUUUAUAUCUCUAAAGUUAUUUGUUAUUCUGAUGAAUGGGAGAGGUAUGAGGACGUGCCAUGGUGUCGACGGCGGCUAGAGAUCUUUUGGCAACGUCUGCUUCUAUUUGCACAGCUUUACAGUUCCUAGCUGGCACUCUCGUGUGCAGAAAAUAUAUCAAGAAUGGGACCACUGGAGACGCCUCUGCCCUGGCAUUUAUUACAUGUCUCAUGUCAUGUAGCUUCUGGCUGAGAUAUGGACAGAUGAUCGACGAUUUCUUCGUCAUUUGUGUCAAUUUAUUUGGGACUCUUCUGCAGUUUUUAUACAUCGCCAUUUUUGCAUUGUACAGUGUUAAGAAGACUUUAAUUCUUAAACAGUUUGUGGGGGCUAUUCUGUUCAUCUCUACAGUUUAUAUCUACAGUAUUGUUCACGCAGACAGGAUAGAGGCUACUAAGCAUGUGGGUCUUCUCAGCUGCAGUCUGACUAUCCUAUUCUUCGCAUCGCCCUUGACCAUGCUGGUUCAUGUGAUCAGGGAAAAAAAUGCAGACACUUUGCCCUUUCCCGUGAUAGCAGCUUCCCUGGUGGUAUCGUGCCAAUGGUUCGUGUAUGGAACGCUAUUGCAGGAUCCCUUCAUGGAAAUACCGAACUUCAUGGGAUGCAUUCUCUCUGCAUUUCAAUUGUCACUCUUUGUUAUCUACCCGGGGAAGAAGCAAAAUGCUGCUUACUUUAUAUAAAAAAAGAAAUUGGAGUAUUUUGUUAUUGACUGUGCGUACUUAAUGAGCUUUGGAGAAUAAAGGGAAUUAUUGUCUUGUACAAAA